AGGAGCCCACCAGAAGAGCUUGGGGACAUUUCAAAGAGAGCUUCAGAUCAGAGUUCCACUCAACUCUUGGUCUUGGAUACAAUCCAGGAGCAACUAGAGAAGGAGAACUGGGAUGAGAUGAGAAGCAAGGUGUCAAAGGUUCCGAAUGUCCACAAGAUCUUAAUAGGUAACAAAGAUCCACCUCUACUAUCCUUAGAGGCUCAUGACCCUCCUGAGCUGCUGGCCUCCACUGAGACUUCAAACCAAGUAAACCCUGGUUAUGCAGAUGCCCUCUGGACAAACUGCCACCUGAGUCUCCAGAACCAAGGGACUUUUGACAAGGAGAUUGAGAGUAGCCCAGGAUGGGCAGUUGUUAGGGUCCUGGUGGAGGACAUUCUCCUUCACCAGAUUUUCCAUUCCUUCAAUAAUUUUGAACAGUCCAACAAUCCCACAGCCAUCAAAGCCCAAGAAACUGGAGUCAACAAGGUGAAUCAGAUGCAUCAAAACUCAGCCAUCACCAAGGACCCUUCACCUAAAAUGAGGAAGAAAAAACAUAAACCCUCCAGGCAAAACAAUGCAGCUCCUGAGGCUAAAAUGCAGCUGAAGACCCCCAAGAACCGAUCAGGGGGACAAGAGCUCAUUUGCAGUGCAGCAACCAAUGACAGGGCUCACGUGGACAUGGCUGAGCUGAGGAACAGCAAAUCCCUGAAUAGGAGUCAGUCAGGGCCCAAAGUCAAGGAAGGAGAAAAGCCAACUAUUCUCAAUGUGAAGCACAAGAGAAACCAACUGGUGCUUGGCCAAGAGGCCUUUAAAAUGCCUCACACCUGCCUAGGCAUGCACGUGGCACUGGGAAAAUCAAGUAUCACCAAAAACUCCAAGAUAUCACCAAGAGCCAAACCAUGGCAAAGGGCCCCAUGUGAGGGGCAGAGGCCUGAGAGUAUCUGGGACGACUUCCAGAGCUCACACAGCACUGCUGAAACAGAGGCUUCAUCUGCAUCCCUGGGUGAGCUGCCACCACCUGGGCAGGGGAAGUUAAUACCUUUGCCUUUUCCUAGCCCAGAAAAGCCUCAAGCAAGACCAGUUUCUCAAAGGCCACAGCCUCCAGCCUCAUGGCGACACCCUGUAGCUCACCCUGUCCAUCCUACUGUUACUAACACAGCUCAGCCAUCCCAAACAGCAGCUGGCAGCAUGUCUCUGAUGGGUCCUGUCAAACCAGCUCACUCGGUCCUGGGAAAUGCCAGGCCACCACACUGGACCACUGCAAAACAGCCUGGACUUCCUCAGUCUGCAGUGUGUAAGCCUGCACUCCAAGCAGUAUCACCUUUUGCCUCUCUUGGAAGGGAGUCUGUUGCCACUGCUGUGACCAAGUACAGGGCCCUGCCUCAGCCUCACAACCCAUUUCUCAUUCAAGACUUCAGCUGCCAGCCAAUUCCUUGGAGGGAGCCCAGUGUUCCCAAGCCAGUCACAUUAAGCCCCAUCACAGAGGAACAAAGGCCAGAUCAAGAAGUGAUGAAGAGGCAGGCUCAGCUAGAGCAGGAGCUGGCAGCCAAGUGCACCUCCUUAGGGAAGCUGCAUUUUUUCAGGCAGAGGGAGAGCGACAAGGAAGUUGCUCAAUACUACGGAUACAUAAGAUGAAAGUCACCAGGACUGCCUGGGCAUUUUGGCUACUGAGUGGUUCUGCACAUAGUUAUGU